AUGCUCCAGCGUCCACACCUGCACCUGAAGAGCCUCAAUAUCCAGCGCCGGCCCAUUCCCGCGGACCCCAGUGAUCAGAUCAGUCUUGGACCUCCAUCGUUUUCUGUGAGUUGGUACAAGCGAGAUGACAAGGUCUAUGUACCACCACCAAAGCCGACUGCUUCCAAACAAAAGCCCAAACCUACGCCAAGCAAGAAGCCAAAGACUAGUUCGAAGAAGGUAACUCCUACACUCUCACCAACACCAACGCCGAAGCCCUCCGUCAAGCCCACCCCAAGCCCAACACCCUCGCCUACGACCGUUCCAGAUGACGACUACCCAGAAGAGCCCACCCCUGAACCCACCCCGAGCGAUGAUCCAGAACCGCUACCCAACGAUACUGUUGGCCUUGGUAUACCAUCAGGCUGGAUCAGCUGGGGCAAACGCGCCGCCCCACCCACAGAAGUGCCUCCACCAUUCCCCUGGCCAACAGUCGGUCUGCCUCCCUUCAAAGUCUCUGUGAGCUGGGACAAGCGCGAAGCCGACGUCGCCGCGCCAACAAACUUCGACACCAUCGGCUUCGGCUUCCCUCCCCUGCCCACGGCACCCGUGUACUGGCCCUCUGCGAAACCUCCAACGUACAUCUCAUGGGUCAAGCGCCAGGACGACGCCGAGCCGACGGAAGUGCCCGAGAUCCCUGACGACGAGUUCCCAGAGGACCCAGAGGAUCCCGAGGGACCGAUUGAGAUCCCGCCGUUUCCUGUGCCUACGCAGCCGAACAGUAUUGGUAUCAACCCGCCCACUGCGACGGUUAUUUGGGGAAAGCGACAGGAUGAGGAAGGUCCUAUUGAAAUUCCACCUUUCCCCGUGCCUACGCAGCCUAACACCAUCGGCAUCAACCCACCCACAGCAACGGUGAUCUGGGGAAAGCGUCAGGACGAGACUGAUCCCGAGAGCCCGAUCGACAUACCCCCAUUCGCUAUCCCGACACAGCCAAACACUAUCGGUCUUGAACCACCCACAGCAACGGUGAUCUGGGGAAAACGCCAGGACGAGACCGAUCCCGAGGACGAAGAGCCCGAAGGCCCGAUCAAUGUCCCGCCAUUUCCUGCCCCGACGCAGCCGAAUACUAUCGGCCUUGAACCGCCCACGGCGACUGUGAUUUGGGGAAGGAGGCAGGAUAGUUCGCCCACGGAUGGGGUCGCGCUUGAGACUGCUAUUGCGACGGUUGUGUGGAGUGCAUAG